CCGAUACUGGGUUUAUCAAACAUGGUGGUAGUAUUAACUACGUAUGUUUCAAUGCAUAAGUGAUACACAAGUUGUAACAUGACACAUUGCUGGAAGAAGAACUAAGGAGAAGCACUUCAAAUAUCGCGUGUGAGAUUAUCACAUAUUUUUAUACAUAAUUCUGUACGAAUUAGUAAUCGAUUAACAACCAUGAAUAUAAGUUUUGAAGGAAAGCGGAUUCUUGUAACUGGUGCUGGUCAGGGAAUCGGGAGAGAUUUAGUUCUUCGUCUUACAAAAUAUAAAGGAGAAGUGUUCGCACUUUCGAAGACGAAAAAAAACUUGGAUAAUUUGAUGGAGAUUAAUUCGAAAAUUCAACCAAUCUGCGUUGAUCUACAAGAUUGGAAUGCAACUAGGAAAGCCGUUCAGAAUAUUCUGCCGAUCGAUCUAUUGGUGAACAAUGCUGGUGUCGCUUAUAUUUCACCGUUCUUGGAUGCUACACCUGAAGAAUUUGAUUUAAGUUUCGAUGUUAAUGUAAAGGCUGUAUUGAACGUAUCCCAGAUUAUAGCCAAGAGUAUGAUUGAGCGUAAAAGUGGCGGCAGUAUUGUAAAUAUAUCAUCGCAAGCCGCUCAGGCAGCAUUAAAAGAUCACGCUGUUUAUUGCGCAUCAAAAGGAGCCCUCGACAUGUUGUCAAAAACAAUGGCUCUCGAAUUAGGCCCGUACAACAUAAGAGUCAACACAGUCGGUCCUACGGUGGUGAUGACGGAAAUGGGAAAGUUGGGUUGGAGUGAUCCAGAGAAAGCACAAAACAUGCUCAGCAAAAUUCCACUUGGUCGAUUUGCUGAGGUCGACGAGGUAGUGGAUGCUAUCAUUUACUUAUUAAGCGACCGAAGUUCCAUGAUCAACGGCAUUUUUUUACCUGUCGAUGGAGGUUUUUUAGCUACAUAAGCAAAGCUUCAGGAUUAUUUUCUUUAAAAAAGAAAAAUAAUAUUUGAAUAUCAAGUAUGUUAUAAUCCUAUAUCCAUUUCUAAAAUUUAAUACGUUUGAAAAUAUAUGUUAAUAAAAAU